GCGUGGGGGUGGCAAACAUGGCGGCAGAAAAUCGUAAAUAGCGGGUGACGAAAAUGAAUUUCGACCGAAGAUGAAGCGAAAGACUGUGUGACUGUCGCGUUUGCUGUCGCGAGCCAGUUGGGAUGAUCGAUUAGGAAAGAAAUUCAAUUGGAAAUUUCCACUACUGUUGUUGUUGGCAGAUCGGCAUGAGUGGAAAUCCGAUGGCAACGAAGGCCGUCAACGCCUGGAGGCACUGGGUGGUGCUGUGGAAAAGGUACCCCCUGUGUCGAGGGAUGGUCACUUACUCACUGGUCUGGCCCUUCUCCAGCAUCUGUCAGCAGAAAAUUGCUGGCAAAGAAGAGAUUGACUGGAAACAAGUGGCCCGUUUCAGCUUCUACGGGGGCUGUUACGUGGCUCCAACUUUAUUUUUCUGGGUCAGAUUGUCCAGCAGUAUGUGGCCGUCGAUGAAUCUGAAAAACGGAAUAAGAAAAGCUUUGGUGGAGCAAGUUUCGUAUGGACCAUUCGCAAUGACCAGUUUCUUUUUCUUCAUGACCCUGCUCGAGGGUCGAGGAGUUGACGCAGCAAAGAAGGAAGUCGCUGACAAGUUCUGGCAGACCUACAAAGUCGGAGUUUGUUUUUGGCCAAUUAUGCAGACGAUCAACUUUGGAUUUUUACCUGAAAAGAACCGCGUUCCGUUCGUUGGCGGAUGCAGCCUGAUCUGGACCAUUUUUCUCUCCUACAUGAAAUCUCUUGACGCUGAAAAGCAGGAGCAAAAGAAAAUAAAAGAGGAGGCGGAAGCUGCAGAAAAAGCAAAAAUUCAAUAGCCUGUGCAAGUCUGUGGUAGUUUUUUUUUUAAGUUAAAACAAUGGCAUUUUUAUAAACCAGAAAAUCAAAUGCCUCCAACAAAAUGUGUGAUAAUCAUAAAAUAUAAUGUAUAUUUAUAUAUUAUUGUAGAAUCCCUGUUAUUUGUGCACAAAAUGUUGUAUUUUGACUAGAAAAAGUUGUUGGUCCUCUUGUUGAAUGUGGUGUUAUUAUAAUCGAUCAAACGAAACGAAAUCGAACUUUUACCC